AUGUUCUUCUGCAAGUUGGUCGCCCUUCUGGGGCUGAUGACCGGCACCUUGACUGAUGCAUUGGAUCCUGCCAACUUCAACCUUUCUUUUUCUACUAUGCAACAAUACGGAUGUGACAAAGAGUGCCAGAGGAUCUUCGCUCUUGCACAAUCCGAAGACAGAAAACAGUUUGGAACCGACUUCGACUUCGACUUCUACGCAACGAGCCCUCACUUCAAUGGCUCGCGUCCGGGUGAUCUUCUGAAGUUCGAGCCAGUCAAUCCCACUACGCUGGACAUCGUGUCUGGUGUUAGCGUAUAUCGCUUCCAGUACACGUCUCAAUCUUUGAAUAGCACGCUGGUCCCGGCUACCGGCUUCAUCGCAAUUCCAUACGCGUCAACCCGCAAUGACAAGAAGUACAAGGUUAUUGCCUAUGCACAUGGAACUAUUGGCGUGUUCCGAGGAUGUCCGCCAUCCAGGGAGCCUACUCUCUACGAGUACGGAAGCUGGAGCCCGCUCAUCAACAGAGGAUACGCUGUUGUCGCCACGGACUACGCCGGCCUAGGAAACGACUACAUUGAUCAUGAAUAUCUCAGCUUCCCUGCCCAUGCAAACGACCUUUAUUACAGCAUGGUCGCGGCUCGCCAGGCUUUUCCCACCCUCUUCACUCAGGAAUUGAUGUCUGUCGGCCUUUCCCAAGGCGGAGGUGCAGUCUGGAAGCUAUCCGAAAGUCCUCUGCAUCAGACCGGAACAGCUGGAAGCUCCAACCCCAGCUCAUACGAUAUUAUCUACGAGAUACCCUGGCUUCCUAUCGCUCUCCAGCGGGCAUUUCCCAGACAGAAAGUUCCCAUGCUUGGCAAGAAGCUUAUGGAAAGAGUCGAGCUGGCCACGCAGGCCCAAACAUGCUACUACGGCAUCUCGUCGCUGAUGUAUGGUCUACAACCAUCUGAUAUCCUCGGUGACACUGGAAUAACCGAAGCUGCUCGCUAUCUACAGGAAUGGCAAAACCGGGUUGCUCCUGGUCAAGGUGCUAAGGCGACUGGUCCUAUUAUGAUCGUCCAAGGGCUGAAUGACACAGCCGUACUGCCUGAUAUCACUGUCGAUGCGUACAGAGAUACAUGUCGUCACGGAAACGAAGCGCAUCUGAGACUUUAUGGGGGCCUUGAUCACAGUGGUGUGUUCCCAGCUAGCGCAGUUGACUGGCUUUCCUUUAUUGAUGAUCACUUUACCCACCCGAAUCGUACUUGUGCUAGGUGCAGCAACCUUAUAAGGGUUCCUUUCGACCCUGUGCACAUGGUCUCGGCAAAGGAGUCGGAUGAGAUCACACAGCUUUUCAGUUGA